AAGAGGGGUUUGAAUCGGAGCAGCUAGCGGGCUAACUGUAAACUCAAUUCAAACCGAGCGUCACUGCCUGCCUGCCUGCCUGCGUGUGUGUGUGUGUGUGUUAUAGUAGGGGUGAGGUCGGGUUUGCCUCAUAACUGACUGUAAACUACAGUUUGUCCUUAUUUGUGUGCACUGUAUCUUAACGUCUGACCCCUCGGCGUGUCUUCAGGCUUUCCUUGAAGGGAAAAAGUGCCUGUUUUUUCUUUUAAGAAGCUCAAAUGUUGCUUUUCGCCCGUUAAUCAGAGCUAAAGUUGCUCCUUUUGAAUCGGCGAGGGGGAAAGCGGUUAGCUCGAUGUGCUAAAUAAGACGUGAAUGUUAUUGAACUUGCUGGAAAUACGCGCUGUUUUCAAUCAAACGGUGUAUUUUUUGCAACGGUUUAGUUAGUAGUCCUGUCUCUGGAGUGCAAGAAAGUGGAAAGCGAACUUUAUUACAGUUCGUAAUGGUUUAAAAGCGGUCUGCAGGACCUCGUUCCUCUCCAAAACAAGCGUGAAGUUAGUGAGUUAACGUUGACCGAGCCUAAUGUGAGUGUUAGUUAGCCAGCUAACCUCCUUGUGGGCUCGUAUCUCCGGAGGAGGGCCAUCCCAACUUACAGUAUUUUCCACUAGCUUAGCAUGAGCAGUGGCUCAGUUAUGUUAGUUGUGUCUUCGUUUCGUGAAAAGUCUGUCAUCUUUUGCGUGGCGCUUUAAGACACGUCCGCCUAAGGCAGGUGAAAACGAGCUCUGGCUCUGAGAGUUAGCGUUAGUUGACAUCGUUUCUGAAACGGCGCUCUGUUCGUGCUGCUUUUGGUUUCACUCACUUCUUGGCGGAUUUUGAGUCAUCCAACAGUCCCUGCUCAGCAGAGGAGGUACUUUUUUCUUUCAACUUUUGCAAAGUGAAUCAAAACCGCCGGAGUGGACCGUUUGUGGCAUAACUGGCCGCUGAAUUCACAUUUGUAGUUCAUACCGCAAGAUUUCCUUAUGCCCCCCCCUGCUUUCUGUGUAGGUCUGAGGAGUUAACGGACAGUGCUGUGAAGAAACACCUGAUGGUUACAGACUUUGCAGCAUUCGCACUUCACACAGGUCCUUCAGUAGCGUGAAACACACGGCUUAUGUGUGUUUCCUCACUCACAUUUGUUAAACCUCAUACAAUCCCAGGCUUUGUUCAGUAACUACAGGGACUUCAAACUGGCUGAGCUGUUCCUACGUUGUAGAAGUGAGUAAUAACACGUGGCCUUUUAAAGGGUUAAUUCAGAUGAUGCUGAGCAGGUGAAUCUGGUUUACCAGUGUUGUAGUUCAGGAACUGUAGGUGUGCUUGGUAAGUAUGUUGGAAGGAGCCUACCGGGACAGCUACCUGGCUGUGGGUCCGGAGGAGCUGGAAGCCAAGCGGCUGCUGCCCAAACGUGAGAAGAGCUGCAGUGACCUGGAGAGCAAGCUGACCGUGGGGCAGUACGUUCUGUGCCGCUGGUCUGACGGCCUUUAUUACCUGGGGAAGAUCCAGAGGGUGAGCUCUUCAAAGCAGAGCUGCUUUGUCACAUUUGAGGACAACUCCAAGUUCUGGGUGCUGUGGAAAGACAUACAGCAUGCUGGCGUCCCGGGAGAAGAGCCUAAAUGCUCCAUGUGCUCUGAGAUGACUGUGGUGUCUGAUAAUAAAAUCCUUAUCUGUGGGAAAUGUGGAAUAGGCUACCACCAGCUGUGCCACAUGCCACAGGUGGAGAGUUCGGCUGACCUCUCACCGUGGUUCUGCAGGAAGUGCAUUUUCGCCUUAGCUGUGAGAAAAGGGGGCGCUCUGAAGAAGGGUCCCAUAGCCAAAGCUCUACAGGCCAUGAAGCAAGUCCUCACUUACAGCACAGAGGAGCUGGAGUGGGACUCACUGCAUCGCACCAAUCACCAGCAGUGCUACUGUUACUGUGGAGGACCUGGGGAAUGGUACCUGAAAAUGCUGCAGUGUUUCCGUUGUGAACAGUGGUUUCACGAGGCUUGCACACAGUGCCUGCAAGAGUCCAUGAUGUUUGGAGAUAGGUUUUACUUGUUCAUUUGCGCGGUGUGCAAUAAGGGAGUGGAGUACAUAAAACGUCUUGCUCUGCGCUGGGUGGAUGUGGUCCAUCUUGCCCUCUAUAACCUGGGAGUGCAGAGUAAGAAAAAAUACUUUGAACUGGAGGAGAUCCUCAGCUUCAUCAGCAACAACUGGGAUCAUUUCCAGCUGGGCAAGCUCGCUAACACCCCUCCCUCAGAGAGAGGCCAGCUCAUCCUCGAUGCUCUUAACAAGUACAAAAGCAAGUUUCUGUGUGGAAAGGAGAUCAAAAAAAGGAAAUGCAUCUUUCGGCUGAGGACGCGAGUUCCUCCCAACCCUCCCUCCAAGCUCUUCCCAGAAAAGACCCCAAAAAGCGAGAGCCGCCGAGCCUGCAAGAAAGGAGGCGUGCGGAACGGCUGUGCUCCUAUGGAGAAGCGGAGGAAGAAGAGGUCUAAAUGGCUGCUGGAGGAUGCUAUUCCUAAUAAUGAGCUGAUGUCGACCUGGAGCUCCAAUCAUCACAUGGCUAAUAUCUUUGACUUCACACUCGAUGAGCUGCAGAGCUUGAAAAGCACUAGUUCAGGACGGACAUUUAGUCUGGAUCAGGACUCCACAGAUGCUGCCAGCACCUCAGGCUCCGCCACCACCAGUGUGUCCUAUGACUUCAGGAAGAACGUGGGCAGUCGGAAGAGGAAGUUGCCCUCGUCCAAUUACAGCGUGCUGGCCAGCAAGAGGGAGGUGAUGGAGAGCGACCUGAGCCCUGUGGGUCUGCCUGGCGACGAGCCACCAGGCGCCAUCGACAGCCACACCUUCGAGAGCCUCAGCGAGGACGACUCUUCCCUCUCUCACCUAAAGUCCUCCAUAACCAGCUACUUUGGUGCUGCAGGCCGGCUUACCUGUGGCGAGAAGUACCAGGUCCUGGCCCGCAGGAUCACCCCAGAGGGCAAGGUGCAGUACCUGGUGGAGUGGGAGGGCACCACGCCCUACUGAGGGUUUUAACAGAUGAGGAGGGGAGAACGAGGGAUGAGUUUUAACACAGUGUUCUCCGCUUCCAGUCCUGGAGACCCACAGCACUGCACAGUUCAGGAGUUCAGUGUUUGUUCUGCUCUAAAACUGACUAAACUCAAAAAAGGCUUAAUAAUUAGCUGAGUUCUGCUGGGCAAGGACAUUUAACCGAUCCAAAUUGUCCAAAAUCAUUCUCGCAUUAAGUAGAAUUGUGGAAAGGAGGGUUGCACUAUAUAUUGUUUGAUCAUGUUUCCCCAAUAUUUCCCUUUGCAGUAUUAACAUUACAAAAGACUGCCAAUUUGCCAGUGAGCCAAAUCAAUGAUCUUGUGAACCAAAAACAUAAAAAAACAAUCAAAAUAUUGCAGUAUUUUGUAUAAUAAUGCAAAUCAAGAGUUCACCAGUGUGUUUAAAAUCUGUUGCGAGAGACGUUGCAAACUCAGCAUGUAGAAAUAUAAUCUCAGUAUGGUAUUUUCUUCAUAUUGUGCAGUCCUGAUUGGUAGUCAGUGUCACUGUGAACUCUGUCUUUAAUAGGUAAUGUGAUUUCAGCAAUGUGGUGCUUCUGACAAGCUGGACUGUCUGCAGUGCUGUAACCCUACUGGUCUGGAUCAGAAGAACUCUGGUUUAGACAGAGCGUUACAUUGCCCAAAGUAGUUUCUUUCUUUUGUUCUUUUCUUUACAGGAUAACAUCCAACUUAUAGUUUUGUUAAAUUACUUUAUGUGGGAAAACAUUUACAUUCUGUGCUUACCCCAUGUUGGGUAUUGAAGUGUUUUAAUUCAUUGUCACAGUGUUCUGUUGACAGGGCACUACGAACAGCACAAAACUUGCUUGUCUGGUUCACAGUCUUAGCAUGUAGUACGUAAUGUUCACAUAUUUUUGUAGUUUCAUCUGUUUUGGUUGUAGACUCACGUUUUUCAAUGAGACCAUCCUCCAUGGUCAGAAUGAUAGGUAUUUCAUGUUCCUUUCCAGUUAAGGUGUUACGACAACGAACAGCUGAUGAAUGUUAACCCUGUAUCUGAGUUAAAUUGUAAUUCAACUUGCAAAAUAUAAGCUGUACUCCUUCACUGCCUAAUGGUUGCAGUAUGUAGACCCCACCUCACCCCUUGUCUAUAAUGCUGCAGAAAGGCCUUUAACAGCUAGUUAUUUUCCAGUAUUUUAUUUUUGGGAUGAACAAAGUUAAUCUCUCCUUCAUAAUGUUGUUAAUGAUAUUUUCCUCGUUGAUCAUGUCGUUAGAUUUGAUAUUGUUGAAGUUUCUGUCCGAUGAUUACAUAUAAUGUGGAUAUGUGGGAACGAUACAGACCUUUUAAAAAUGUCUACAACACUAUAAACGAUUGGAGUGAUUGACAAAGAGCGAGUGUUGUAAACAGCUAGUUUUGCAGAAGUAAUGGUACUUUUGUACGAGUUUUAUUUUUUGCACACUCUGGAUUAACAGAAAAGAAACUCUGGGUGUGUUAGUAGUUUUAAAAUGGUUGUAGUCUGCACUUUCACUCAUUUUAUUCCGUCAUAGUUUGCGUGUUUGUAGGUGACUGCGUAACCAAAGCAAUGCAGAUACUAUUGUAAGAAUGUGUACGACAGUAUUUCCAGCUGUGCCUGCAUUCCUUCAACAUGCCGUUUGUAGUACAGAGCAUUUAGACUUGCGGUGCAGUUACAGAGCACUUAUAGUGUAGCGGAGCAUGCGGUAGGUGUAGUAUUGGUCCUGAAGGGCUACAGCACUGUGUCGUUCAGUCGAAUGGAAAAAGUUUACCUGAUCAAAUGAACACUUUGUUGUAACAGCAAGUGUUAGAUUUACUAUUGCAUCGCCUUCAGGAUGUCUACAGUGUAUGUCAAAACAAAAUGAAUUACAGACUUAUCAGGCUUUAAAUGCAAAAUGGGGCUACUUUACUUAAAACUCUUCAAGUCCAUGCAAAAAAGUGGUUAUUUCUAUGGUUUAAUCUCCUCUUUUUCGUUUAUCGUGUGAUUUCUCAGUGCUGCUGUUGCAUUUAUUUGAUCUGUAAGGAUCUAACAAAGAGGAAAAUGCAUGGGUUUUUAUUUAGUUUGUGCCAGAAACUACAUUUUUGAACAUGAAAAUGCAUGACUAGGAAUAUUUACAGGGCUGAUUAUAACGGGAGCAUACUGAUUUUGUUUUGUUUUGUCGCUUGCUUCACUUGCUUCAUGGUAGGGCUGCGCAGUAUGACGAUAUGUCGUUGUUAUCACAAUCUGCUUUUGUAAGUACAUCAUACUUCUAGAACACAAAAACGUCAUAAUUAGGAUUUAAACCAAUUAUAGAUCCUAUAAACAAAAAUUAGUAUAUGAUGGGUGUCAUCAGUAGUUCUAGAACACUGAACAACUGGAUGGAUCAUAAUUCAUUUAAACCAAUUAGAGAUCCUGUAAAAAGAGAAGUGUAUAGUAACUACAUGUCCUGCAUGGUAGCACGUAUUGGAUGUGUUACACUGUUUGGAUGUCAGCCCGUAAUACCAAUUUCUCAUAGCUUCUUUAUUUUAAAUGUGGCUGCUGUUCUGCUGGUGUAUUCUGUUCCAACUUGUUCUCAAACAUUAUAAAAAGUAAAUACUGAUACGUGUGGUGUACAGUGAAGACUUUAAUUCAAUAUUUUCAUGGUAUAUGAUGCCAUGAUGUUUCUGCUGCACCACCGAGCCUUUCAUUACAAGUUAAAGCAGAGAAAACUGUGCAGUGCUAUGGUUCCUCAGGACCAAAACUGUCCAUCCCUGGCAAAUUUCUUGUUAGUGUAAAUUUGCAACAGAAAACUUUCACCAUCACAGACAAGUCAAACCACUUUUAUUUUACUCCUAUAGCAUUUUGAAUUUUAGAGAUGUGUUCUGUAUGUCGUGUCAGUUCCAAAGAAGUUCUUCCUCACGGUUUGUUUAGCUACAGCUGCGUAUACGAGUCCUAAGGGAGGGUGGAUUUCACCUUUAAUCUGCCCGAGUUUCAGUUGACUGGAAAAUUUACGUUGGAAGUAUGAUCUCUUUGUGUAUCAUAUUAGUACGAUGAGUUUAUCGGACAUUAUUAGUUUUUACAGUGUUAAAAAAGAUUAAAUAUACUUUAUUAUUUACAUGUAUAUAAUUGGAGAAACGUUUAGCCCCCUUUAUCGUAUUGCACUAUUAACAUGUUUUCUCAGCUAUGCAAGCUAUUAUUGGUUAAUUGAUUUGUCAUAUAUUUUAUAAUUGAUUAGAAGAGAAAAAACCUUUUUAUACAAAGCACUUGCGUGUGCAUCUUGUUGAUAUAUAAGAUGUUUUAUUGAAAUAUUUCCCCAACUAAAAAACAUUUAUGCAAAUUCAUACAAAUUCCAGUACAAUAGUUAAAGCAUAACACAGAGCAUAAGUCAAAUUUAAACCUUGUAGAUCAUCACGUUUAAGUAACGGUUGGUAGUUCAGCUGCUGGUUCCGAUGUUGUUUCUAAUCUUGUGGUUAUGUUCGAGCUGAAGUCAGGAGCUGAUGAUAUGGCCCACCUGUGAAGCUGCAUGGAUUAAUUGGAUUAGCAGACUGAAGGUGGCAUCCGUUUCACGGCCACUUUAUCUUGACUGCUUUCCAUUGGGAGAUAACUGUCUUAGUACUAUAGAACAGCUCAAUCAUCCAGACGAUGAUCUCUCCUCACAAACCAUCCUGAUGGGACUUUAAGUAAACUGAGAUAACCAUGUAGUGUUUCCUACAAAAGUGUUGUAACAUGCUUUAAGCUGUACAUAAGGAACUUAUAGGUCUUUUUUGCCAAUAUUCAUGUAUGUUAGAUAUUUGUUAACAUAGGUUUUGCAAUAUAUAAUAACUGGUGUGUCAUUCAUGAACCAUUCACUCGAGUUUUAAACAAUAAAAAGCAUUUUGUCAGAACGUGA